AUGUAUACUUCAGAUAUCAUGGCUUCAAGUUCCGAAUACAACAAAGUGAAUAGUCAUGAAGUUAUUGCAGAAGCCAGUGUAGCAAUCGAAAAACUUCUUGGUAGAACCUCAAAGCCCAACAUUCGGUUCGCAAUAUUUGAGAAAAAUGAUUUCAGACCAGGGAAGCAUAUUGGGUAUGUCACAACCAUGGAUUACAGAGCUCUUGACAUUAAUGUAGUGACAUUCUUGAAAGGCCUUAAACUCUCAAAAUUGUUCUCCAAAACCCGUGUUGUGGUCUCCAUCAUGGAUGAUUAUUUGAUCUCCAGGCAAGAAACACCGGUUUGCACAUUCAAAGGAAAUAAUCCAACUUGGGAUUAUCCGAUGAGAUUUUAUUUGGAAGAUUCAAAGUUACAACAAGAUCAAUUGAUGGUUGUGUUUCAAAUCUGGUGCACCCCAAUAUUGCUUGGUGGAAACCAACUUAUUGGAGAAGUUUAUUUUUCAAUCAAGCCCCUUUUUGAUAAUUGGACAAAGGAUCACGAGCAAACAAAAGAGGGUUUUUAUCAAGUAGUGGCUCCAUCAGGAAAGCAUCGAGGUUGCUUGGUUCUCAAGUAUAAUUUUGGACACGAUAUUAUUAAGGGUGCUCCUAGGAAGGUUGAUGAGAAUACCUCCAUCAAGACACCAUGGAGGAUUUUUGGACUAAGUGCACCUAAGUCACCACCUUAUAAUCCAGCUUAUAACGAAGCUACUCGACGACCUUCACCAUCAGCACCACCGUAUGUAGAGUAA